AUGAACUUCGCGCUCUUCAACUUUCGCCCCGCGGGCAAAAUCUUCCGCACACCUCUUAAAGCUGCUCUAGCAGCUUCUUCCUCCUUUACGGCCCAAUCAGCAGUUCUUUCUACUCAAGAAGAAGCUAUUAACUUUUAUUUUGUUUUCUCGGAGCUUGCCGCUAUCGCCGAGAUUAAAGACGAAGACCGAUUACCCUUAACGCUAGUGCAAAUCGAUUUAAUCGAUUUAACAAAUUCUCUUCUUUCGGAAACGCUUUUAGGUCAGCAAUCAAAACCUUUAGAUCGUCUUGCAAGAACCCGAAUACGCCGAAGCUCCUUCGCUACCACUUAG